GGCUGAGAGUAAUGUUACAGAUAGGGAGAGUGAAGAGGCUGCGUAUCGAUCCCGCUCGCUCUCACAGCCAUUGCAGUACAUUGAGCUCCAUAGACUCAGCAUUGGAAACUAAUUAAUUAAAAAUGGGUAAAGGUGAUCCCAAGAAGCCGAGAGGAAAAAUGUCCUCUUAUGCUUACUUUGUGCAAACUUGCAGAGAAGAACACAAGAAAAAGCACCCAGAUGCAUCUGUAAAUUUCUCAGAGUUCUCCAAGAAAUGUUCAGAAAGGUGGAAGACAAUGUCUGCUAAGGAAAAGGGGAAGUUUGAAGACAUGGCAAAAGCUGACAAGGUUCGUUACGAAAGAGAAAUGAAAACUUAUGUACCUCCAAAAGGAGAAACAAAAAAGAAGUUUAAGGAUCCAAAUGCACCAAAGAGACCACCAUCUGCUUUCUUCUUGUUCUGUUCUGAGUUUCGUCCUAAAAUCAAAGGAGAGCACCCAGGUCUGACAAUCGGGGAUGUUGCAAAGAAAUUGGGAGAGAUGUGGAAUAACACUGCUUCAGAUGACAAAAUACCAUAUGAAAGGAAAGCUGCUAAACUGAAGGAGAAAUAUGAAAAGGAUAUUGCAGCCUAUCGGGCAAAGGGGAAGCCCGAGCUUGCAAAAAAAGCUCCUGCCAAACCUGAAAAAAGCAAGAAGAAAGAGGAUGACGAUGAUGAUGAUGAGGAUGAAGAUGAUGAGGAGGAGGAUGAAGAAGAUGAGGAGGAAGAGGAUGAUGAUGAAUAAACUCUUAUUCAAGCAUUUUUUUGAUUAUAUAGCAUUUAACCCCCUGUACACAACUCACUCCUUUUAAGGAAGAAAAAAAAAAAAGAAAUAUAAGGCUGUGUAAGAUUUGUUUUUAAACUGUACAGUGUCCUUUUUUUGUUUUGUUUUGUAUAGUUAACACACUACCAAAUGUGUCUUUAGAUAGCUUUGUGUUGAGUGGCUUUUCAAUUGCCACUAAUUUUGCCUAGUACAGUUUGGGGGUUGUAAAUUGGCAUGGAAAUGUAAAGCUGGUUCAUGUUGGUGCACAGCACAAAAUAUAGUUUGUAUGGGGAUGUUGUUUAUUAUUUUUCAUCUUCCGCAUCAUAAUUGUUGUUCUGUUUUAACUGAAUACCACUCUGUAACUGCAAAAAAAGUUUCAAAUAUUUUGUUGACAUUCUGAUUGCUUCUAAGUAAAUAAGCUUUUUUUUUAA